AUGGUGUUUAUCCAGGGACAAUACCAAUUGCCUCCGGCAGGACAUAAAUUAUCAGACGAGCAUGUCUACAUGGUGACCAAAACAAUUUCGGCCAAGGCACGACGCGCACGCAAGUGGACCGAGGACUUCAACACAGCGGGCGAUAUCAAAGCCGAGCUGGUGCCACUCGAUCCAAGUCUUCUAUGUCUUCGGCGUGCCAUAUCCCACGGAACGCUAGCCAACGUCAAGAACAAUGCAACGAUCAAAACCGCACAGAAGGACUGGCUAAUAGAUCCGGUUCUGGCAUCAAGGGACUUUAUCAACGCCCACCGAAAUCUAACAAGGAUAUACCAUGACGAGACAGACAGAAAGGUUAUUACCAAGAUCUAG